CCAGAUAAUAAAAAGAAAAAAGAAAACCAUUUUUGAAAAGAAAAACCUCCAUAGUUACCGCCUUUUCUUCUCCUCAACAGGUAUGGAAAGCAGAGUUCCUUCCAAGAUUCGGCUUCUUCGAACUCCCAUCGCUUUAAAUUUGGCCUUCCGUCAAUCUUCCGCAAACUAAGAAACUUCGAACUGCCUAAUUUCAGUUCCUGCUUUUUUCUUCUUUGUAAAUUUUAAGUUCUUGCAGAGUUCGAGUAUCUCCAUGAACAGCCCAGCUCCGAAUUUCUUCGAAGCUCCGCAACAACAAAGUUUGCCCUCCUCCGUCGAUGCUCUGUCCCGCUCUAUUGGGUUGCUUUGCAUCAAUGGAUAUGGCGAAGGAAAUCCAUCUCUGCCUUUUCUGGGUACGUAUCCAAGAACCCACCAAGUGAAUGAUGUAAUUCCUCAACGAACUCCUGUUCCCACGGCCUGGUUUGGGGAUUCCAUGGAGGCGGCUCAGAAUCCAUUCCUUGAGCAGAGAGUCUUUGCUGAGCCUUAUAACUAUGGAGGGAGUUCCGGAUUCGUGGAUGGAUCCAUCGAUCCGUGGAUGCCACAGCAGCAGGAUGGUGGUGCAGGGUUGGAGAAUUAUGGCGUACAUCAAUUUUCGAACCUUGGGUUUCCUAAAGAUGACAGCUUUCUUUCCAAUGCCAAGACCCAAAAGGGCUCCAUGGAGAUUCAGAAGAGUCUCAACUCGAACGAUGACAUGAAGUUAAUGAUGACAUACAUGAAAGCUGUUCCCUUUACUGUCCCUCUCAUGAUGGAUCAACAUGGAUGCCAUGUCUUCAUGAAGCUGCUCGACUUCUGCUCCGAUACCCAGUUGAGAUUCAUCCUGGCGGAGAUCAUUCAGAACAUCGCCUUGUUUCUUGAGAUAUCGUCCAGCAGAUCCGGCUCAAAAUCACUCAAGCGGCUGAUCAAAAGGCUUCAGAAAUCUCCAAUGCUGGCAGUCCUAAUCAACAUCCUGGCUAAUGAGUUCUAUCCACUAAUGGUUCAUCCGAUUGGAAGCCAUGUUGUAUUGGAGUGCAUUGACACCCUUCAGCCCCAGCAGAAUGAGUUACUCUAUCUAAAAUCCAUUGAACACUGCCUUGAGCUUGCCACAAACGAAUUCGGGUGCAUAGCAUUAAACAUCUUCAUCAACCACAGCAAAGGUCCUUACAGAUACAAACUACUCAGCUCUAUCUCCAACCAUGCUGUGUAUCUCUCCCAGGAUCCUUCAGGGAACUAUGUGGUGCAGAAUGUGUUGGCACUAGAGAACCCAUGUUGCAGUAGGGAGAUUUGCAGCCAGCUGAAAGGGCAUUACGCGAGGCUGUCGAUGCAGAAAGGUGGUAGCCAUGUGGUGGAGAAGUGCCUAAGUUCCAGAGAGAUGAUGAAGCAUGUGGUUGAGGAUCUCCUGAACACCAAUCAGCUGAUCCAAGUUGCCAGGGAUAAGUUUGGGAACUAUGUUGUUCAGAAAGCACUCCAAGUUACUAAGAGAGCUGAGAGUAGUCAACUGCAUCAGCAGCUGGUGAGCGUUCUGAAGCAGCACAAGUAUGCAUUGCAGUAUGGAUAUGGGAAGAAUGUGUGGCAUGCAAUUGAGAAUGAGAAGAAUGCUGUUGUUGAUCAUUCAGAGUAGCAGAUGUUUAGAAAUAAGUUUUGUCCCCAUGAUUUGUAAGCUCGAUUGUCUUUGAAGAACAUGUUCUUAAUUGUCACCAUUUUGUUUUAUGUUGUGGAUAGUCUUUGUCGUUCUAGUGUUUUCAUCUUUGUUAGGAGGUGUUCUAGCUUGUUGUAGUAUAUGGAUUUUUUAAGAGCUUCGAAUGUGAACUUUGGCGGCUAAUGUUUGUUUGAGUUGGUUUGUAAAAUUUACAUUGGUUUUGAUUCUCCUUCCUUUCAAAAAAGUGAUUCAUUGUUAUACUUCAAAGUGAAUGUUGCUCCUUCGUUAAAAAUAAAGUGAAUGUUGCUCUAAUUAAAGUAGUAAAUAAUAUAGGGUGGGAAAUUAAAGUGAAGAUGGAUUGAAGGUAACAAAUUGCAACCAUUAUUUACUAUUGAACCUAAAUUUUGAAGGAGGGGCUAAUAUGUCAUGUCCUGUCACUUCCUAUGGUUUCUCACAAUACGAACACGUACAUUAUAACCUUAGAUAAAAAAAAAAACAUAUAUGAGAGGGAAUUGUAGGUCCUCCUGGAUUACAAGUAGCUCCACCACUGAUAAUACAUGAAUUCAAGUCUCGUAAAGUUCGACUUUUCUGCAAAAUUUGUAACUAGAAAUCUCUCAUUCAAUGCACUACAGCGAACAUCCACGGAAGAGAAAUUCAUUGAUCUUUUUUUCUUUUGGAAAUGCAUCUAUGUACAAGAGAUGGACAUCGAGAAAGGAAAAUUUCCAUUCAACUUGUACCUUAUAGAGAUACACAUGACUAGAGACCUACAUGGUCAAUGUUUGAUCCUUCAGUCCAAAGUACUAAGCAUUGGGGUCGUUUGGAUUGAGUAUUUGAUAAACUUGUUGUUUGGGGCCAAUUACCACACAAAUACCACAUAAUAUAAAACUUGUUAUUUGGUAUGUGAUACUUGGUCUCAAACUUGUUAUUUGGCAAAUACCUGCCCCCUCCCAAGUAUUUGGCAAACAACACUUUUUGUGUUAUUUGGUCUCAAACCUGUUAUUUGACAAAACACUACAUCCAAAUAACACAUCCCACUUUUUGUCAGCCAAACAUGUUAUUUGGGGUUAAAUAACAGAUUUUGUGUUAUUUGACCUCAAAUAACACCCCCAAAUACUCAAUCCAAACGACCCCUUAUGGUAUUUCCCUUUGCAUUUCCUAGACUAUGGUAGGCAUAUGGUUGCAAUUCGUGAGUAGAACCUUCAAUGACAAGGCCAUUUCAACAUCAGCAAAUAUAUAUAUAUAUAUAUCAUAGGUUAUCUCCCGGUCAAGCACUUGUAUAUUCUCAGUUUCUCACACAAGACAAGCAUCUCAACUCAUGUAAAUGCUUAUCUAAUGAUAAGCGUACCUAGAAACCUAUAUAAGGAAGGUUAGAUCCUUCAAUUCUGAAGUACUAAGCAUCCAUAGACCCCUUCAAUCGACAUUUUAUUAAGCAUAUCAGACGAUAAUUAGUAGAACUUGUAAUGACGAGGCAACAUUGGUAGACUUUAAUAUAUAAUGGAUCUCUCUCUUAAUUGACCACACACUUAUCAUCGUCGUAUCUUAACUCAUGUUUAUGUGUACCAUAGGUAAUUCCUAAUUUUGUUCUGGAACUAUUAAUUAUUUUUUUAAAUAAAAUUCAACCAACAAAGCUUUCAUAGCUCA